AUGUUCUAUAACCCAGGUGGGCCAGGAGGAUCAGGAACACUCUUUAUCAUCCAGGAAGGAGAACAGUUGCAAACCCAACUGGGCGAAGGCUGGGAUAUCCUCAGUUGGGACCCUCGCGGAAUCAUGAAAUCUGGUCCGGAUAUUGCCGCCUUUGACACUGAUGAAGAGUACUACAGUUACUGGUCACAAUAUCAGGGGCUCGGAAAGAUCAGUGCGCGUGGAAACUUGACUCAGCCCACUGAUGUUGACUUCUUCAUGUCUCAAGUUCCAGCGUUCGAUAAUUUAACAACGGCUCUCAAUCAGAGGAUGGUACAGAAGAACGGAGAGAAACUUAAAUACGUCGGAACGUGCGCAAACGUGCGAGAUCUCGUCCACCUUGUGGACUCUGCGUAUGGAGAGGGCUCAGAUGUCAACUUUUGGGGGGUCAGUUAUGGCACAGUCCUGGGAGCAUACCUUACACAGAUGUUUCCUGACCGCGUCGGACGAGUUAUACUCGAUGCCGUCUACGAUCCUGAGAAACAUUCGAAUCAAGCACCUAUCAAGUGGGUGGACACCGACUCGUUGAAUAUCGACCAAGGCCUAUUGAUGUGGGCACAGGCCAGAGCUCCUACUCCAAAAAUUGACGAGGUACUCGAUACAGCUCAUCGACGAUACAAUGGCUUCGCCUGGACGACCGGUCUGAUAAAUGAGACAGUAGCCAUGAACGCAGAUAGCUACUCGUGGGAGUACCUUGCGGGCAUUGUUCGUGGCGCUCUCUACAAUUCCCGGGUGUGGCGAGUACUCGCGGAAGGACUCGUUCAAAUCACCCAACUUCAGCAAAAUCGCACAUCCAAGACUACUGGACCUAUCUUUCCUGUCUGGUUCACGCCACAGUAUGGUCUCGUUCCUGACUAUUUCCUCGACACAAUUUCUGUUGCUAUAUAUUGUAGCGACACAAUCGAUCCUGCAGGAGAAACGACGGAGGAUCUUUUCAGGGCCUAUGUCAAAGCCUCGCAGAGUAUCUCAACACUUUCUGCGGCAAUCGUAUCUCAGAAUAUGAGAAGUCAUUGCCACAAAUACACGACUCGAGCGAUCGAGAGAUUGCCGCAAAGCAUGAAAAAGAAGCCAAAGAAUGUAGUAUUGGUCAUAGGAAACACCGGUGAUCCGAUUACGCCGUUUCAGAGUGCGCGCAGGCUCAGCUCGUCGGCAUUUCUUGGGUCGCAAGCACGACUCUUGCAGUUCAAUGCGGCAGGUCACGGAGCUCAUGCACUCAAUUCGACGUGUAUUGACGAAGUCGUGCGCAAAUUUGUCAGAGGAAUACCACCAAACGACGCAGGUAACAAUGAUGCCGAUGUCGUUUGCGAUGUCGACAUGACACCAUACGGUCCACCUCCAGCUGAAUGGAAGAAUUCGACACCACCAACUUCGAGUGAAGAAACUACUGUCACUGGCGACGCAAAUAUGGCUAAAUUUAGUUUGAAGCUUUCCUUUUUCGCACUUGUUUUUGCCACUAUCACAAUAUUCUAG